GAUAACCAGAUGUUAAAGGACAACCGAGCUUCCUGACGACGCGCAGCCUUGAUCAUUCGCGAGAUCUUGGUUUUCCUUCUCCUCAAUAAAUCUGCAAACCUGCGUUACGGUCAAUGCGAUCAUCUAACAGAGCCAAUCGCCAUGGAUGAGACUUCCAACUGGGCGGAACAGUCACAGCCCAAGAAACCCGAAUUAGCUGAGACUUCUAACAUUGGUUUGCCGACGAGCUACAACGAGCAGGCUGCGACGGAGAGUUUAAACCCCGUGCGAUCAAAAGGAGUCAUUGAAUCGACACUUCAAUUUCUCUCAACGGCCAAUAGUGAGACUCUUCUGGGUGUCUUCGCAUGCUUGGUAGGCGCGACGCUCGUACUCUUUGGAAGACUAGGUUUGCUCUUGAUCGGAAUUGCUAGUGGUAUCAUCUUGCACGCACAAUGGGAGGCAGUUGAUGAAGACCCUAUCCAUCCAUUAGCCAAUCCCCGACAGCGAAGGAGAAAGGAGCUCGCCCUGGACAUAGCCAGAAGACUACUCGAUUGGCCGAAAAGUACGGCCUUGGCUGCCGAUGCUGGACAAGAUGACACUGGGCAAGUAUUCCUCUUCGGGGACUCUUCCGCUGCUGAUCUUGAUCAUUCUGCUCUUGGCCCCAAGACAGCGGAUGCCCUGAGAUCAAUCACCGAUGCAGUUAUGAAGGACUAUGUGAUGAAGUUGUUGGCCGAGUUUAUCUCGUCCUUGUCAUUGCACCUCUCUCGUAAACGCUCUGCUGACACCUUUCUGGAACUCCUUACUAACUCAUCCUCACUGAUCAUUGUGUUUUUGAAUGAGCUAUCUGCAGCAUUUGAGUCCGUUGGCUCCACUAAACCGCCGGAAGAGGUGGUCUUGCGCUACAUAGAGACAUCCCCUGAAAGUGGCCUGGCGAAUAUCUUAGCCAACGACCAACAGAAGAAGAAGCUCGACAUUAUAGCGGACGAUAUUUUGGCCAGAUUUCUAGACCCAAAUGUUUAUGGAUGUCUGCUGCUCAGAAAUUUCAUGCGCGAAAUGUUCGUGAGCGUUCUAUUUGAGUCAACCGUUUCGAGUCUUUCGAGGCCAGAAAUCAUCAAUGGCUGGAUUAUAUAUCUUUUUAGUGAAGGCAAGUCAGAAAUAAUGACUGCAAUAGACGCCGGUGUGGAAGGGGCCCAGGAACAAGUUGUGACAGCAACUAGAGUACUCAACAGCGUAAAUGAACUUCCAUCCGAGACAACGAGCAGCACGAGCCCAGACUCCGAUAUCACUGGGGAUAUAAUACAACAUGAAACGGCAAAUGUUGAUAGGGCAACAGUGGAAGCCAAAAUAGAGGCGAAGCGACUCAGUGACAUGAUCACGGCGCAUGAUCAGCAGAAGCAAAGCCCAGAGAGAGCACUGGGAGACGGUGUGCAGGAGGUGGCAUCGGAUGACAGGAUUGAUCAUCGAGAAGACUUGCCUGCAGGCGAGAUCGGAGACGGAGCUUUGCAACGCAAAGUCUUAGGUUGUGAUCAAGCAAAGCAUCACGAAAAUAAUAUCGAUUCCAAACUGGAAGAAAAUAAUAGCUCGUCUCCUUCACUCAUGCAGUUCAAGAGUCCAGCGGCACCGACUUCGCUACCGGAACCAGCCAUCCUUCAUCGUGCAUCCAUAACGGUAGAAACCGAAGCUUCAAAGGCCACAUCGAAAGGCCCACUCCGCUCAAAGCCAACGUCGGACUAUUUACUGCAAGUUGAACCUGUAUCGACACGGUCUACUGGAUGGAUGGUUUUCCGAAAAUAUACCGAUUUCGAAUCGCUUCACCAAACUUUGGAGGCUAUCUCGAGACUGCACAAACUACGGAAGUUCGCCGACGAUCACCCAGUUGUGCCCUCGUGGAAAGGCCAGACAACAUUGGAAUUGGCCAAGAACUUGGAAUGUUAUCUUCAAGAUGCUCUUAACCACGAAUCUCUGGCAGAGAGUGAAAAGAUGAAACGAUUUCUUGGCAAGGAUGAACAUCUUGGAUCGGACUUCAGAAAGGGAGUGUUGGGCGUAUUAUCCAAUGCACCCAGGGGCGUCUCGGGAAGUGGUAAAGCCAUGUUGGAUGGCAUGACAGGGGUGUUUGGUGGAGGCAACAGUAAAAAGCAAUCGCCUGAUUCAGUGGGGUCACAGGGGAGUUUUCGGAAUUCUACGAGGAUUGGCUCGGCUUCCCCACCGGACGGAUCUCACACAGACAAGACAUUUGGGAGGCCAGCUCCCCCUCCUGAAGAGGCUUUUUCAAAUAAAUUCGAAAUGGCUACGGAUUAUGCAGGAUUUCCCGACAGCUCAGCUCAGACGACGGAUGUAGGAAGCACUGUGGCUUCUACACAACUGUCUCCUUCAACCGGGCGCAAUACUUCGGCUGACCUACCCCGGUCUCCUGGCGGUACGCAAGAUAAUCCUCACGCCAACAGCGAAGGGCAAGCACCAGACGCUGGAUUAAGUGACCACAGAAGUCGAGGCAAUCCUAUCACACAUGAAGAGACGCGCAUAGCAGUGGAGCUCAUAUUCGCGAUAAUCAAUGAAUUAUACACCUUGUCUUCGGCAUGGAACAUACGCAGGACUCUACUUAAUGCGGCAAAAUCGUACAUAUUACGCCCCGGAAAUCCUCAUUUGGAGACGAUCCGUGAGCUGCUCCAGGUAUCGAUGAUUGAUUCGCAUACGUCAGAUGAAGCAAUUGGGCUAUAUCUCAACAAGUUACGUGAAAAUGCUCUGCCAACGGAAAGCGAGUUAGAAAACUGGCCGCCGCCAUCCACUGAUGCUGAGAAAGAACGGCUGAGGGAGACGGCUCGCAAAGUCUUCAUUCAGCGAGGCCUACCCCAGGCUCUUACGAGCGUUAUGGGAGCAAAUGCCAGUAAGGAAGUUUUGGGGAGAAUCUUCGAUUGUCUGCAGGUUCAAAAUCUCGCUAGGGGGUUUGUAUAUUCUCUUUUCUUGCAGGCUCUCAAGACUGCUAUCCUCUAA